AGCAAAGAUGUGGCUCCCAAUAAGUUAGAGGUUUUCUUCUCUUCCUUUCCUUCCCAAGUUUUCUCCUUUUCUUCCAAUCCCCACUUCCCCUUUCGUUCUCACUCUCACUCCCAAACCUCCUUACACCACGAAGCUAUCUCACAAUUCAAUGGCUUGCUUAAGGGAAAUAUUUUGGGAUUUCUUGUGAAGAUGAAGCGCUACCCUACUGCUAUUUCUCUCAUUAAGCAAAUGGAGCUUAAGGGAAUUCGCCCUGGCCUUGUUAUUCUCACCAUAUCCAUCAAUUGUUUCUGUCACUUAGACCAAUUGGCCUUAGCUUUCUCUGUAUUUGCCAAGAUUCUCAAACGGGGUUAUCACCCAGAUGCCAUAACAUUAACUACACUGAUCAGAUCUUUCUGUGAUAAGGGUGAGAUCAAGAAAGCACUAAGCUUUCACGACAAAGUAGUAGCAUUAGGAUUUCCGCUCAACUAGUUUACCUACGGGACUCUGAUCAAUGGAUUGUACAAAAUAGGAGAAACUAAAGCUGCCAUCAAAUUGCUCAGAAGGAUUGAAGGUCUAUCAACGGUAAUGUACAGUACAAUUAUUAACCGCCUAUUCAAAGAUAAACAUACAAAAGAAGCUUAUAAUAUGUAUUCUGAAAUGGUUGUCAAAGAAAUCUCUCGUAAUGUUGUUACCUAUACUGCUCUAGUUUAUGGCUUUUGCUUUGUGAAUCAGAUAGAACAAGCGUUUCGUUUCAUUUCAUAAAUGAAAUGCUAUCCAAUGGUAUCAAGCCAAAUGUUUAUACCUAUAGUAUAUUGAUGGAUGCAUUAUGUAAGCAAGGAAAGCUAAGAGAAGCAAAGAAUGUGUUGGGUGUGAUGAUAAAAGCUUAACGUGAAACCUAAUUAUUUUAGCUUAUUGCUUUAAUGGAUGAGUAUUGCUUAGUUAAUGAAAUGAAGAAUGUGAAACAAGUAUUUAAUGCAAUGAUCCGGAUAGGAGUGAGUCCAAGUGUAUCCAGCUACACUAUCAUGAUAAAUGGACUCAUAAGGAACGAUAGGUUGGAUUAGGCCAUAAAACUCUUUCAGGAAAUGCGCAAGAGGGAUGUGGUUCCUAAUAAAGUAACUUACAAUAGUCUUAUAAAUGGUUUUUGCAAAUCUGGGAAAAUAGCUUAUGUUUGGAAUCUUAUUGAUGAGAUGCAUGAUAGAAAUCAACCAUCGGAUACAAUCACUUACAAUUGUUUGUUAGAUGCUUUAUGCAAAAACUAUCAUCUAGACAAGGCAUUUGAAUUAUUCAAGACAAUGAUGGAAAAGGGAAUUCAACCGGAUAUGUACACAUGGAACAUACUUAUUAAUGGAAUCUGCAGAGGGGGAAGACUUGAGAAGGCACCAGAGAUCUUUCAAGAUCUUUCAAUUAAAGGCUACCCUUUAGAUGUAUGUAGUUAUAGUACUAUGAUAAGUGGUCUUUGUAAAAAGGGUUUGCUUGAUGAGGCAUUGACCUUAUGGUCCAAAAUGGAAGACAAUGGUUGCUUGCCUGAUGCAGUAGCUUUUGAAAUAAUGAUUACUGCUCUCUUGGGAAAGGAUGGCACUGAUAAGGCAGAGGCAUUUCUUCGUGAAAUGAUCUCUAGAGGCUUGUUGUAAUAGUAGAAGGUGAAAUCUCAUUUAUUAGAGGAGUCUUACCUUUCUUCAACUUAUUCCUCACAUGCUGCAUACUGGAUGUGGAAUUGAUAUUUUUUUAUUUUUUAUUGUGUACCCUGCAUUUUGAUUGCUAUAGAGCUUCUGUUUUCUUUGA